AUGGGCCAACACCCAAAAGCUAAAGAAGACGCCCCCGAGCAAUCGACUCCACUGGGGUAUCGUGCUGUAUAUCGUGCGGCUAAACCCCACGGCUAUCGCUAUCAAAUUAGUGAUCAUGAUGGUGAUGGGUGGAAUCAUAAGGGACGUCCACUUGAGUAUAGAUCCGCAAAGUCGUCGUCCACGUCAUCGCCGGCCGACUUGGACGUGAGCGUGAAGGAAAUCUCGAUCCCAGCAACCACCUUUAGCAGGCCUUGCAAAACGGCCGCGAGGUGGGCGCUCGUGCCUCCAAUCAGCCAGAACUGCUCGUUCCUCCACCACUCCUCCAGGUUUAUGCCCGACCACUUGAUCUCGAGCACGGCCAGCGCGCAGAGCGUUAGCGUAGGUGAGGAAGGUGACGUUCAAGGUCUGGACUAUGAACUGGCCGGAGAAGAGGGAGAGGGCCGGGAGGAAGCAGUAGACGAUGAGGAACAAGGACGUGAAGGGGUAGAUGCCGACGUUGAGGUACGCGACCCUCUGGAGAAACUUAAUGCGAGGAGACGCGAGCAGGGCGUUGUUGCGGGAGAAGAAGAUCUCGACGGAGCCCGUAGCCCAGCGCAGCACCUGGUGAAGCCGGUCGGUCAAGUUGAUCGGGGCCGUGCCCCGGAAGGCGUCCCUCUUGGUGACGCAGUAUAUGGAGCGCCAGCCGCGGUUGUGCAUACGGUAGCCCGUCACCACGUCCUCCGUCACCGACCCGUAGAUCCACCCCACGCGGUUGCCCCACUCCGUCUUGUCCUCGUACCAGCACGAGAUCACGCUUAUGGCCUCCGCCACCGUGGACGCGUCGAGGAGCUCCCGGGGGAUCGUCAGUGCGCCGGGAGGCCGUCCGUUCUUCACGGCCGGGUGAUCCGCGAGCGGGCGGCCCUGGAAUUCGGCGACGGGGAUCGAGUCGAUCAGGAAGCUCGAGUUGCCGAACCUCUUGGAGAAAAGGGAGGGGUUCAUGGCACCUUCUUCGUCGUCCAUGCGGAGGGCUCGGUGCUCCUCGGGAGCAGAGUUGUGGGGCCGACGGCGGGUAAAGAGGCUGCAGCAGCAGCCCGAGUGGUCUUUGGAGCGCGGGGGAUCGAAACCGUACAACGCGGUGCGGCGGAAGAGGCAGCCAGUGCCGACAUAGACGGGGCCCUGGAGCCCGUCGAGAGCCCGCAUGUUGACAUCGAAGAAGACGGUGUUGUGGUUGGCAUAGCGGUCCGAGGGGUCGAUGCCCUCGAAGCGCUGGGGGAACUGGACGUAGCAGAUGCGGUCGCCGCCGCGGUCCAUCAUGAAGCACAUGCCCUCGCGUAUGGCUUGCGAGUUGUAGAUGUAGUGGUCGCAGUCGAGGUUGAGGAUGAAGGGCCCGUUGGACAUGAUAGCCGAGGCCCGCACGAGGGCGUUCAUGGCACCGGCCUUCUUGUUGUGGUCGUAACCGGGACGCUUCUCGCGAGAUACGUACACUAG